AUGAUGUUUUUUCUGCUUUCAAUCAUAUUCCUUUCGAACCUCGCGCAGGCCAUUCCGUCUCCUCGCCUUUCUGUGGUCUAUCCUCUUUCGGAUCAAAGACCUCCUGUUGCACGCGUUGGAGUCCCAUUUUCAUGGUCUAUCCUUCCUGGUACAUUCAACAGCUCAACUGGAAAUGCUGGAGUCACCUACUCCGCUACUAAUCUCCCUUCAUGGGCCAGCUUCAAAUCAGAUGUAGCUUCCAUUCAAGGGACCCCUGAUACAUCCCACCUCGGCAGUAUUAGCGUCAUAAUAACAGCUCACGCGCCUGAUAACUCAAGUUCGCUAUCCGAUAAAUUCAGUAUGCUAGUUGUGGAUAGUCCUCCUCCUCGCGUCAAGCUUCCCUUGGAUACUCAGCUCGGUAAUGGUGCUGUUAUAGGCUCCGCCAAGUACAACCAUGCUACUAAGGGUAUCACCGUCCCACCGAACUGGUCAUGGUCUAUUGGGCUUUUACCGGAUACCUUUGUGACCUCCUCUGGCGCUGGAAUCUAUUAUUCGGCAUACGAAGCCGGUACCACUACGCUACCCAGCUGGAUCAAGUUCAACACUAACACCGCGACUUUUGACGGAGUGAGUCCCAACGAGCAAAACGAUGUGACAAUUGUGGUGUAUGGAAGUGAUCAUUUGGGGUAUGGGGAUUUAAGUCAAACCUUCACCUUCACCGUCACUCAACACACCCUCGACUUAGUUCAAUCUUUGCCACCUAUCAAUGCCACAGCUCAAAGCAUCAUCAACUACGUCAUUCCCAUGGCCAAUUUCAACGUUGAUGGGUCUCCCCGCAAUUCGACAACCCCCGUCUCGGAAACUGUCGAUCUAUCAGCCACACCCUAUCUGACCCAUGAUAAAGAGCAUCAUUCAAUCAGUGGCACCCUUCCAGAGUCCCUUUUAGCUCAAACUAAUGUUACUAUACCUGUGAUCUUCAAUACCCCAAGCUGCCACAACAAUAUCACCACACACGUUGUCUUGAGAGUUCUCCCUGGCCUGUUCACUGCACCUGUCUUACCAGCCUUACGUGUGCAGCCCGGUCAAGCUUUCAGUCUCGAUUUGAGCCAAUACACCUCAAAUCUCAACGCUACUUAUUCUCUUGCUCAAAUAUCUCCUCCUGAAGCUCAAAAUUGGAUUCAUUUCACCACUUACCCACUUACACUCUCCGGUACUCCUCCAGAAAGCUAUGACAGCCAAGGCGCGCCUGUAACGGUGACCCUGCAAGCCACGGGGUUGAACGGUCUGAGGUCUUCUGCAGAAUUACCAUUUCAGUUUGAUGAUCAACCAGCUUCGUCCUCUUCCUCAGGAUCAAGUUUGUCCGAUGGUGGUAAGAUGGCUAUCGCUGUGGUAUUUGGAACACUAGGUGGCAUUAUGCUCUUGAUCUUGAUCAUGCGGAGCUGUCGAAAAUAUUGCUCAGCGGAUGGGUUGCGCGAGCUUGAAGAAGAGGAUGUCUAUCAGUCGCAUUACGCUUAUCCUGGAGAAAAAUCAGACAUCGGUAAAGCUGUCAGUAUCAAGGAAACCCCACUUAGCCUCGGAGACACCUUUGUUGGGGUCCACUCACCUAAAUGGCAGAAGGAGGCAGAAGCAGGUGGGCCAAUGAUGGUGGUGACUCCGAACGAGUUAGCAGUCGCUGGUGUUGCCCAGCCUCCACCAAAAGCACUCAAACGCCUUGACAUCUUCAACGUCUUCACAAAACCUUCGCAGCGUCAACGGUUAGAUUCCAACUCUCAUCCUUCCCUUCGUGGACUCGGUAUAGUAUCACCAGAUCACCGAGUUAUCAAUGUUCUAGCAAGCUCAGACCCUAGUGCCGAGGACGACGAAGCCAUCGAGGAGGAAGAGGACGAUUAUGAUUCAGAAGACAUUCUGCCUCCGGCCAAUUACAUGCGACAUCCCGCGACAUCCACUGAUGAUCAACGGUCGAGUUGGAAUACAACUGGAAGUUCAAGUCUAUUUUAUUCUGAUACACAAGCCGAGGAUAGCGAAGCAGCGUCAUCCAGAAGUCCCAAAGGCAAGUGGUUGGUCAAACCUUCGGCGUCUGUUCCUCGACGACGAAAAGAUUUCAAACCGGCGGCCUCAAGACCUGAGCGUCAAUCUGAUGGCGUGGACGUUGGAACGAUUCGAAUGGUAGUUGAUCUUGGAUCGAGUUCUGAUGCAAACACCAGUGAUGAUGACGGGAUUGGCUUAUCUGAGUCUUUCGGUGCAAUCAAGACGGCUGCUUAUCGAACGAUAAGUCCUCAAUCUCUUCAAUCAGUUCCAGCUGGGGUUCAAGAGGAGAGUUCGAGCACUUCCUUCAGACCAAGAUUAAUUGCAUUCAAGUCUCAACAUGUUCCCAAUCGUAGCCAAAGCCCUCAAAUUCGUAGCGCUUCAUCAUCGGUCAUCCAUGAUUCAAUAACCGAAGAUGCUGAUGGGGAUGGGCAGUCACAUAUCCCACCUGGACAAGAGUCUGAUCUCGGUGAUAUUCAAAGAUUGAGUGCUCAUUCGGUUUACACUCCCCCAGCACCAAUCAAUGGAUCUCCUGCUACUUCCGCCAUCUUUUUCUCUCCCCCCCGCGAUCAGAACUGGCAUAUCUCAUCUCCCAAGAUUCCAUCACCCCUGUGCAUAGGUUAUCCUGAAACCGAUCGCAGGGAUCCCGAUCAAUCAUCACACCCUCAAGUUGCGUCCGAUCAACCUUCCCACCAUGAUUCAACAAGUGGGAGUAGCUACACAGCUUCCAGUCCAUCUCCAGAUUUGUAUCGAUCGAACUCCAGCAACGAAAGAUUAAACAAUCUCAGCGGACCUAUCGUCGUCAAUGUCGGGGUAGGACAGCCUUUUCAUAUGACACCGAAAAUCAAUCCCCCGUCAGGCGCUUUGAUGAGUAGCGAAGGCUCACCUGGUCGAAGUCGGAAUCAUGUCUCGUCAAGCAAUACAACCUACUUUGCUUUGACCUACUACCCGGGUCAAGUUGAUAAAGAUAGAAAGCAGCUUCCUGAGUGGCUACAUUUCGAUCCUAGGGAAUACGAGGUGUGGGGGAUCCCGGGUAAAGAUGACGUUGGUGUACUUCCGAUCCAAAUUGUCGCACGUAGGACAAUCACUCUUCCAGGCUCAAGUGCUCGGCAAGAGCAAGUAGAAGAGAUCGUUGCCCGAGUAGUUUUAGAUGUGAUGGAUCAAAAACCUACCAGUGGCCCUGCUCACGGGGAUGUAAGCGUAGUAACGUUUUGA